AUGGAGGUCCGCGGCGCGCCGCAGGCCCGCCCGAGCUGCUCGUCGUCCUCCCGGGACUGCGCGGGGAUCCCGGUGUCCCAGGAGCUGCUCACUGCACUCCAAUCUGGGCGAGGGAGUAUAUGGGACAGGUUGCUCAUCAACUCCCAUCCUAAUUCCAGAAAGACCUCCACUCUUCAAACAGUUCGGAUAGAGAGGAGUCCCUUAUUGGACCAAGUACAGACCUUCCUCCCACAGAUGGCACAGGCAAAUGAAAAGCUAAGAAAAGACAUGGCAUCUGCACCACCUGGUCGUUUCAACAUUGAAAAUAUUGAUGGGACUCUUGAUAAAGUUAUUCAAAUGGAUGUGGCCUUGUUUGAGAUGAAUCAAUCGGAUUCCAAAGAAGACAGUUCAGAAGAGAGUUCACAAGACAGCUCAGAGAACAGUUCAGAAUCAGAGGAUGAAGAUGACAGCAUUCCUUGUGAAGUUACCAUAAAUAAUAUUAAGCUUCCUAAUUCUGAAGGUGGAAAAGGCAAGAUUGAAGUUUUGGACAGUCCAGCUAGUAAAAAAAAGAAGUAGCAAAAUAAAUAAUCUGAAAAGAAACAGGU